AUGUCUAUCCCCAGAGAAUAUAAGUUACUGUCUAAUAAUACAAUUCCCACUAUAGCUCUAGGUACUUACGAUUUGCCUAGAUCUCACACUACUUCUAUUGUUGAAAAAGCUUUAGAUGAAGGAUAUCGUCAUUUUGACACUGCAGUUUUAUAUCAAAAUGAAUAUGAAGUAGCAAAAGGUAUAUCAAAUUGGUUAAAAAAACAUCCGACGGUUAAAAGAGAUGAGAUUUUUUAUACAACAAAAUUAUGGAACACCCAAUUCGGAUAUGAUAAUGCUAAAAAGGCAAUCAAAGAGUGUGUUAAAUGUGUUGGAGAUUUAGGCUACAUAGAUCUAUUAUUGAUGCAUUCUCCAUUGGGUGGUAAGAAACUUAGAAUUGAGACCUGGAAAGCUUUGCAAGAAGCUGUGGAUGAAGGUUUAGUGAAAAAUAUUGGUGUGUCUAAUUUUGGUGAGAAACAUCUGAAAGAUUUAUUUGAAUGGGAAGGUUUAAAAUACAAACCUGUAGUUAAUCAAAUUGAAAUCUCACCAUGGUGUAUGAGACAAGAACUAGCAGAUUAUUGUAAAAGUGAAGGCCUGGUGGUAGAAGCUUAUGCUCCAUUGACACAUGGUUAUAAAUUGCAAGAGGAAGGUUUAGUUAAAAUUGCUGAUGAAUUGAAAAAAUCACCAACUCAAGUUUUGAUUAGAUGGUCUUUACAACAUGGAUAUGUGCCAUUGCCAAAGACCAAGACACCAGCCAGAUUACGUGAAAAUCUUAAAGUUUAUGAUUUUGAAAUUCCUGGCGAAAAAAUGAAAUUAUUAGAUCACCCUGAAGCAUAUGAACCAACAGAUUGGGAAUGUACCAACGCUCCUUGA